AAAAUCACAUCCGGGUCAAAGUUAAAACAUGCUACUAUUUUUUUACUUUCCUUGCGUUACUAGCUCAUAAAUAAGUAGCCAUGCCUUUAAUAAUCAUGUGUGGUUAUCCAUGUAGUGGCAAAACGAGAAGAACGGAAGAAUUAAAAGCUUAUUUUGAACAAAACACGAACAGAAAGGUUCACGUUUUGGCGGAUUCAGUUCUGGUCGUUGAGAAGAACGACGUGUAUGCAGAUUCUCAAAAGGAAAAACAGGUCAGAGCUGCACUGAAAGCUGAAGUGGAAAGGAAAGUCAACAAGGAUGACAUUGUGAUACUGGAUUCAUUAAAUUAUAUUAAAGGCUACCGCUAUGAGCUUUUUUGUCUCAUAAAGCAUGCACAGACACCACACUGUUUGGUGUACUGUUUGACAUCAGAUGAUGUGAGCUCAGCAUGGAACGCUAGCAGAGAUCCAGAGGCACAGUAUACGCAGGACAUCUUUGACGCAUUAGUUUUGAGAUUUGAACCGCCAGACUCCAGAAACCGGUGGGACAGCCCACUUUUCACCAUCCUCCAAGAUGAUGACCUUCAAUUUGAGGCCAUAGCCGACGCUAUUUUCAAAAGAAAAGCUCCACCGCCCAAUCAGUCCACACAAAGUCAACCACUGUCAUCUGCAAACUUCCUGUACGAGUUGGACAAGAUCACGCAAGAUGUGUUAAUGGCAAUUUUCAAUGCACAGAAGUCAAGUGUUCCUGGGGAUCUUGUUUCAGUUCCUGGGACGACAGAAAAAAUUGAGCUGACCAGAAGCAUCAACAUGGCCGAGCUGCGCAAAUUCCGGCGGCAGUUCAUCAGCUACACCAAAAUGCAUCCAACAGAGAACACUGGACACAUUUGCAAUAUGUUUGUACAGUAUUUAAAUAAGAGCCUUCAUUAAAGCUUCAUUGCCUUUUUCAGUUUUUCAUUACAAUUAUUGUAUUUUUAUUUCAGCAUGUUGAUGCCCAUCUUUAGUUAUGAAAACCUUUGUUUCAUU